CGGCAACGACCAACUCUUGGUCAUUCUUUAUUAAUUUGUCUUCCUUCACACCCCCGCGCCCCGCCGCGCCCCCCGCUAACUCUCGGUCAUUCUUUAUUAAUUUGUCUUCCCUCACACCCGCGCGCCCCGCCACGCCCCCCGCACCCCGCCACCACCGCCCCCCCUCCCUCUAUCCAUGUGCAUCUUGAAGUAGAAAAUUGUCAAAAACUCAGCUCCGCGUGAUCAUCGUCUUGGGCAGCCCAAAUUUAGGCAUUUCACUCUUUCAUACAGAGAGACUCAGUUCAAGAGUUGUUGGAGUAAAAAAUGAAACGUCUCUCCUCUUGGCUUGCAGCCAAUUUUGUCCAGAACAACAAAGAGAUCAAACGUCGAAAAGCAGACGAUACCAGUGCGUUGUCUAGCUCGUCCACCACUCCAAAACGAAGUAACAACUACGACGUGUUCUUGAGCUUCAGAGGUACGGACACUCGCAAAGCCUUUGUGGAUCACCUCUACAACAGCCUCGUCGAUGCUGGAAUCAGCGUGUUCAAAGAUGACGAUGAGCUUUGCGAAGGUGAGAAGAUCGGCACCAACCUUCUCCAGGCCAUUAAGAAUAGCAAGAUCUCCAUCCCGGUUCUCUCUCGGAAUUACCCUUCGAGCAAAUGGUGCCUUCAAGAGCUCGUACAAAUGACAGAGUGCAUGAAGAGCGCCGGGCACGUUGUCUUGCCCAUAUUUUACCAGGUUGAACCGGCUGAUGUGCAACACCAGAAAGGGAGCUUUGGAGAGGCUUUCUCCCAUUUAAGUGGGAAGUAUUCCGAGGAAGAUGUUGCCGAAUGGAAACAAGCACUCCAAGAAGUGGCUUCCUUAAAGGGAUGGGAAUCGGAGAGAACUGCUAACGGCCGCGAAGGAGAAUUGGUGAAAAUGGUCGUCAGAACAGUUUUGAGCAAGUUAAAAGAGGCCUUUCAGCUAGUUGUUACCAAACAACUUGUCGGAAUUGAUAAUACCGUGGCGGAUAUUCUGAGAUUACUGGAUGAUAACCCCAAUGCUACCCAAAUGGUUGGUAUCCAUGGAAUGGGGGAUAUUGGUAAGACAACAUUAGCCAAGGUCGUCUAUAAUAAGCUCUUCAACCAAUUUCAGCAUCGUAGUUUCAUUGCAAACAGUCGAGAAUCCUCGCAGCGCAGGGGCAUUUCAUGUUUGCAGAAGCAAUUAAUAUGGGACAUAUUGGAAACAAAGGAUGAAGUGCCGAACAAGGAUGAAGGAAUUAGGAUCAUGGAAUCUAGAUUUAAACAUAAGAAAGUCCUAAUUCUUCUAGAUGAUGUGGAUAACCAUGAUCAACUAAAAGCUUUAAUUGGGAAACAUGAUUGGUUUGAGAGGGGUAGUAAGAUAAUCAUUACCACAAGAAUAAGGUCUAUUCUUGAUGAUGCUGAGGUGAAUUGCCAGUACGAACUCAAGGAAAUUGCAGUGGACCAAUCUUUGAUCUUGUUUAGUAGACAUGCUUUUCGGAGGGACUCUCCUCCGUGUGAAUUUGAGUCUCUCUCUCAUGAUAUCGUAUCCACUACUAGAGGACUUCCCUUAGCUCUCGAAGUUAUAGGUUCAUUUCUGUGUGGGAAAAACCGAGCAUUCUGGCAAGACGCAUUAAAGAAGUUAGAGAAAGCACCACAUAGGAAAGUGCAAGAAACGUUGAGGAUAAGCUAUGACGCAUUGAGCAAUGAGGAAAAACAAAUAUUUCUGGAUAUUGCUUGUUUAUUUAUUGGAACUCAUGUAAGAAUUACAUCCUACAUGUGGGAUGCCUGUAAUUUUUAUCCAGCGAUGGAAAUUGAACAAUUGAGUUUUAUGUCGCUAAUAAAAAUUGGAGAUAAUCAUGAGCUGAAAAUGCAUGACCAGUUGAGAGACCUUGGUAGGGAAAUUGUUCGCCAAGAAGAUUACAAUGCGCCUAUGAAUCGAAGCAGGUUGUGGAUCCAUGAGGAAGCCUUGGAAGUACGUCAGAGAAAUAAGGGAAUUGAAAAACUUCACGUUCGGGCCCUUCGUCUUGACAAAUACCGCUCAGACAGUGAAUUCACAACUGAACAAUUUGAAACACUACCGAACUUAAGGUUCCUUCAAGUGCGUGGUGCUGGACUGAUUGGAGAUUCCAAAAGCUUGCUUCCUGAGUUGCGAUGGCUUCAGUGGCAAUAUUGUCCUGCAUUCGUGGCUAUUAGUUUUCAUCUAGAGAAAUUAGUCAUACUUGAUUUAUCAUGGAGUGACAUUUCAGAGCUUUGGGAAGGUUGGAGUCAUCUCAAGGUGGCGAAAGAAUUGAAAGUUCUAAAUCUUACGGGUUGUUAUCAUUUAAAAGUUACUCCUGAUCUCUCAGCCUUCCAAAAUUUAGAAAUAUUAGUCCUUGCAAAUUGUCAAAAUUUGGAGCAAAUUCACCAUUCUAUCGGAGAAGUCAGGGGCCUCGUUUCUUUGGACUUUUCACAUUGUUGGAAACUCCGAAUGCUACCCGGAGAAAUGGGCAAAUUGGAAGAACUGAAGAAACUAAACAUACGCGAGACUGCUAUAGAGGAAAUUCCUCCAUGUAUAGGCUCUUUGAAGGGCCUCGUUUCUUUGGACUUUUCGAGAUGUGGGAAACUCCGAGUUCUACCCAGAGAUAUGGGCAAAUUGGAAGAACUGAAGGAACUAAACAUAUGCAAGACUGCUAUAGAGGAAAUUCCUCCUUGUAUAGGUUCUUUGAAGAAGCUGGAGAUACUUCACGCCUAUGGUUGCAAAUCAUUGGUUGGACUUCCCGACUCAAUCAGCCAUCUCGUAAACUUGUCGACCCUUGACUUGAGUAUGUGCAUCAGUUUAGAUAGAUUUCCAGAGAGCAUCGGAUCCCUCGUGAAAUUGCAGCGCCUGUCAUUAGGCAGAGGGGAGGAUACAUCUCUUAAGGUUAUCCCAGUUAAAUAUGGGAGAUAUGGCUUCCCCAAUGCAUCUUGGAAAUCAAAAUGGAUGACUCCAAAGGAAUUGCCAUGUAUGGGCAUUCGGGAAUUACCUGAAUCCAUUGGAGAUUUGAAGAACUUGAAAAUUUUGGAUAUUACUGCAAGUAAAUUGAGUAACUUACCGAGUACUAUUGCCAAGUUGGGCAACCUUGAAGAAUUGCAUGCCUCGCAUUCCCGGAGUCUGGUAGGGGAAAUACCUAUAGAUGGGUUUUCUUCAUUGAAGAUCCUUGUAUUAAGUUGGACAGGCGUUUCUGGCUUCCCCCACACAUUCGAUAAGCUUUCUCGUCUUGAAAAACUUGACUUACGCGGCUGUAAGAUGCUUCAAUCGCUGCCGGAAAGCAUAAGUGAACUGCCUUCUCUGCAACACCUUCAAUUAAUUGGCUGUUACGAACUUCAGUCGCUGCCGAAACUUCCUGGCUGUUUAACAGUUCUGGAACUGACUUGUCAGCAUCGCACAUUGCCUCAACUUUCUCACCUAAUCCAUCUAAAAGAGCUCACUGUUUACGAAUGCAAAUUGCUGGAAUCCAUACCAGAGCUUCCCUCGGCAAUAUUGAAGCUUUAUGUCUACGGCUGUGAUGAGUUGAAAGAGUUGCCAAGUUUGUCAAGAUCGGAGUUGUUGUCACAAUUAGAUAUCCAAAACUGCUGUGAGCUGACAGAAAUCAAGGGUCUGGAAGCAUUAAAAUCCUUGGUACAUCUAAGUAUAUGUGGAAGCGAGAAGUUGUCCAAAUUUGACGGCCUUGAACAUGCAGAGUCCUUGAGAUACUUGGAUAUGAGUUUUUCCCUAGUGAAUGACGAUCUAGUUCGAGGCCUUGACGGAUUGAAAAACUUGGAACAGCUGUUUAUAAUUUACUGUGAGUACCUUAUAAGACCGGACCUUUCGCACUUAACACAUCUGAAGCGAUUAGAAGCUUAUCUCUGCCACAAUCUAGUCGAAAUUAAAGGUCUUGAGAGGUUGAAAAAAUUGGAAUUCUUGAUUAUCCAGAGCUGCGCAUCCAUUGAAACAUUACCAGACCUCUCGUGCUUCGGUAACCUGAAAUAUUUGGACAUUAAAGGAUGUUCGAAGCUUCGUGAUGUUCAUGGCCUAGAGAAAGUCGGAAAUGUGGCAAAACGAGGGAGUCAACUGCAAGGCCUCAGCAAAUUGUCCACAUCUGUCGAAGAUCUAUUCGAACGAUGGGGUUGAAUUUCGCAUGAACUUGUGGAGAUCAGAGCGCUCCAGGACUCAAGGCGUCUAAACUCUAAAAAGACGUUCAGCGACGCAACUUAGCGGAAUCUCGUAUAUGUUCAUUGCACCGCUGCGGCAGAGAAACAAUUGGUUCGAUGGAAAUAAUGCUUCGAUGAGUCGAGCACUUUGGCUACGAUGUCGGAACGAUUCGCUUUUCCUUUCGACGCUAGAUAAAAGCAGGUCACACUAUUCUUCGUCAAGAUGUAUUGCCAAUUUCAUCAGCAUUGCCUAACUUGGUAAGACGAUUUUUCUUGAUAGCCCGCUGUUGUACUCUCGUCUCUUAAUUGGUUCAAGGAAUGGAGGAAGCUGGCCUGGAAGUUGACACGAUGCUUCAGGGGGGAAAAUCGGAAAAGUUUUUCCAUGAGUGGUGGAUUUCUGAAGUUGUAAUUAAAUUUCAAAUACCGUCUUAUAAAAGUAUGAUUAGUACCUUGAUUAUCAUGUAAUCCAGCUAGUAAGUCGCUAUCAUU